CAGCUCUGAGCAAAGCCGCCUGCCACCAUGGUGCACUGGACAGCUGAAGAGAAGCAGCUCAUCGCCAGCCUCUGGAGCAAGGUCAACGUGGAGGAAUGCGGUGCCGAGGCCCUGGCCAGGCUGCUGAUCGUCUACCCCUGGACCCAGAGGUUCUUCGCUUCCUUUGGGAACCUCUCCAGCCCCACCGCCAUCAUCGGCAACCCCAAGGUCCGUGCCCAUGGCAAGAAAGUGCUCACCUCCUUCGGGGAAGCCGUCAAGAACUUGGACAACAUUAAGGCGACCUACGCCAAGCUGUCCGAGCUGCACUGCGAGAAGCUGCACGUGGACCCCGAGAACUUCAGGCUCCUUGGAGACAUCCUAAUCAUUGUCCUGGCUUCCCACUUUGCCAGGGAUUUCACCCCUGCUUGCCAGUUUGCCUGGCAAAAGCUGGUCAGUGUCGUGGCUCACGCUCUAGCUCGCAAGUACCACUGAGCAUCCCGGGAUGGGCCG